UUGUUUCUUUGUACAAUGCGUGAAUUCGGCACAUUUGGUCCUCUAAUUGGAGCUAUAGACGAAGGUACAUCAAAUGUUAAAUUCUUGGUUUUUGCUGCUAAUACAUCAGAAGUACUAACUUAUCACCAAGUCUCCUUAAAAAGAUUCAGUCCUCAAGAGGGAUGGGUUGAACAAGACGCAUUGGAAAUCUUAAGUGCUGUCUUAGAGUGUAUGGAAGUAACAAUAGAUAAUUUGAGAAAACUUGAUAUUAAUCCUGAAGAUGUUGUGGGUAUUGGAAUUACAAACCAAAGAGAAACAACCAUUGUCUGGAAUUCCACAACAGGAGAGCCAUUGUACAGUGCAAUUGUGUGGUUAGAUGUCAGAACAUCUAAAAUUGUAGAUGAUCUUAUUAAGACCAAAGGAGCGCAAUGCGUUAAUGCAGUCACACAAACAAGUGGUCUCCCGCUGUCUACAUACUUCUCAUCGGUGAAGCUAAAAUGGCUAUUACAAAAUGUUACUGCAGUCAAGCAGGCUGUGACAGAUGGGGAAUGUAUGGCUGGGACCGUAGAUUCUUGGUUAAUCUGGAACCUUACAGGUGGCAGUCGAGGAGGGAUACACGCUACUGAUGUCACAAAUGCCUCUCGCACUCAACUAAUGUCACUCAAAACCUUACAAUGGGAUAAGGGCUUAUUACGAUUUUUUGAUAUUCCUGUACAAAUACUGCCAAAGAUAAAAAGUUCAGCUGAAAUUUAUGGAUACAUAUCUACUGGAUCCCUUUUGGGCACACCAAUUGCUGGGUGCUUAGGUGAUCAGCAAGCAGCAUUGGUUGGACAAAAUUGUAUGAAUUAUGGGCAAGUGAAAUGUACUUAUGGUACUGGUUGUUUCCUGCUCUAUAACACUGGUGAAUCAAUAGUGCGUUCACAAAAUGGACUACUAACGACAGUGGCAUAUAAACUUGGACCGAAUGUACCGCCUGUAUAUGCUUUAGAAGGCUCAGUGGCUAUUGCAGGAGACACGUUACAGUGGCUGCAGGACAGCUUGAAAAUAUUGGAUGACGUGUCCGAUACUGAGUUUUAUGCAUCACAAGUGACUGACAACGAAGAGGGUACCAUAUGCUUUGUACCGGCGUUUAAUGGCCUAUAUUCACCGCAUUGGAGAAAAGAUGCUAGAGGUGUGCUGUGCGGCCUCAGCGGCGCGACGCGCGGGCCGCACGUGGCGCGCGCGGCGCUGGAGGCGGUGUGCCAGCAGGUGCGCGCGGUGGGCGGCGCCAUGGCGGCCGACGCCGCGCCGCUGCGCCGCCUGCUCGCCGACGGCGGCAUGGCGCAGAACGCGCUGCUCAUGCGCAUGCAGGCCGACACGCUGGGCGUGCCCGUCAUUCGUCCCCUUAUGAUGGAGAGCACCGCUCUGGGAGCAGCCAUAGUAGCCGGCCGUGCGCUCCGUGUGUGGCCCGCCAGCACGCCCAGUCCGCCAGUUGACACCUUCCUACCGUCGGUUUCAAAUGAAGAAAGAGAAAUACGACGUGAACGAUGGGAAAAGGCACUAGAUAGGUGUUUAGGUUGGGCUGUUGAAGACAGUGAAAAAACAGAAAUGAAAUCUGAUGAGGUUGAUUAUACAACAACAGUGUUACCAUCUGGGUUGUUUUUCCUUGGUACCGCUAUAUUAGUGAUAUUAGCAGAUAAAUUGAAAAUGUAGAUGUAUUUUCAAAAAAUUUCAAUAUAGUCAUCAAUAAAUACCUCCUGUGUUAGUCAACAUAAUUACAGUAUUAAUAUAUUAUUAGUGAUAUUACCAUCAAUAAAAUUAAUAUAAUAUAA